GUCAGGUGGGCCCGGCCUUUCCCUGAAACGGAGCCUUCCGUUGGCCAACGCCCAAAAAAGCAUGGCUGAUGUGGUAGCCGAUCCGCAAGAGCAGGAAAUGCGUCGAACCCAAGGUUCAGAAGAGUAUAUGGAGAGCGCUGGUACCAUCGCAGCCGAUGACUUCUCGGGCUUGCUGAAGGAAGAUGUUGACGACAUUUUGGGCAUGUAAGGGAAUCCGAGAGUCCGCAUAAACCUUGACGCAUGCUUGAGAUAAUACAUUUGAAUACUAUACAUUUAUAAUCCCAAAAGAACACUGAAAGUUUGCAUGACAAAAUUUUUAAUUUUCUAUUCGUAUAACGGAUUCCAAUACUUGACAUUCGGAUAACCAUUAAAUAAAUCACACGAAUGAGCUAUGAAAUUAUAUACAUAGAUACAUGGCUGUCUAUUUGGACACUCGAGUAUGUACAAUACAGUAUAAAUGACGUGUGUAUUAACUAUCAACUGACAAUUUUUGGUUAAAUCAAAUUCUAAUUUCUUUUCAAUCCUUGAUUUUUUGCAUUCAUUUAAAUAAAAGUUGUGAACAUUGUAAACAUUGCAAUUGCACCAAAAAGAAGCGUUUUCGUGUGAAGGCAGUGGGACCUAGUAAGUGGAGAAGUGUAUUGCGCAACGAGUACGCUCGCUGGAUGAACGUCGACGCCUAACGGAACAAAGCGCUUACCCUCCCGAUAAGAGAAAGAUCCGAGUAUCACCGGCGAGAGCACGAUUCUUAAGACUAUGAAGCCUUUAAUAGGGGACGUCGAGCCGCAGCUAAUGGCAGCUAAUGAAAAGAAGCCAUCGGAGAAAACUGAGAACAAGCCAUCGAACAUUUCCAAAAUAAAAAAGAAAUCCGAGGAGAAUGAGAAUGGCAAACGGAGCGAGGAACCAAAGGACUUCAGCUGGGACGAAGAGGAGUCGGAGCCCAGUUCGGAGAAGGAGGAGGAGUCGGAGUCCAGUUCGGAGGACGAGGAGGAGUCGGAGUCCAGUUCGGAGGACGAGGAGGAGUCGGAGUCCAGUUCGGAGGAGUCGGAACCCAGUUCGGUGAACGAGGAAGCCCCACCACAAGCCACUGUUGGCGCGACCGGAAAGCUGAUGACCGGCGAGGUCAAUCGUUUGACCAUUCGCAAGAAGAACUUGUACGCCUCUGAUUCGAGGGACCCCCUCGAGGCAAUGGAAUGCAGCACCGACGAGUUGAGCGGCUCUGGCAGCGGCAGCCUCAUCGGCCGUUGUCCAUAUCGCACCGUUCGUGCCAAAGGAGUAGCUCCGACUACGGCUACGUCACAGUCCAAGCCAGGCAUUACCAUUUCGGGUCGCGGUAGCGUCGUGGGCAGAACUGGCAAGAUCCCAGUCUCAAGUCCAAAGCCAAGCAGUCAAGGCUUAGUUUCAAUCUUAAAACCAUUCGCCAAGGCAACUCCUGCCUCUACAUCCAGCUCUAUGACGGCGUCCAACCUGGUUGUGCCCUCCACGCCUACAGUCUCAAGCAGCAGCCAGGUGACUGCCAGUCCAUUGGCGAGCACGGUCGGAGCUGAAGUGGGAACCACCACAACUAGCUCUGUCGUGACCGUAAACUCCAGAGGCGAGACAGAAAUGCAGACAGAUUGCCUGGACAUAUUCACUGAUCAGCACUUUUUAGAGAUUGUACGCCCACAGAUGGCGGAAAUGAAUCCCCGCCAGAAGUUAAACUUCAUGAAAAAGGUAUUCCAUUCCAUAAUGGAAACCUUUGAUGACGCCACUGACUUCCCAAAGGCUGAGGAGCUGCAGCACUUCAACAUUAAUACACCUUCUGGCUUUGAGCACGUCUCGGGUGGUGAGAUGCUCCUGGUGCGAGAGCUAGUGAGUCUGGUUUGUUCCGCCAAGCGCUCGGACGCAAUCUCAAAGCCCACUCCUCUGCCUGUCGUCACGGACACUCUGCGCCCAGUGGCUCGAGCCAAAACCCCAGCUCCUGUGCCAGUUGCACAACCGUGCUACCCCAUUCAGCGCGCCACCACACAGUGCAAAGGAGUAAACCUGGUCGCGUCUCCGAAGGAGAAGGAGAUCGGGCGCAACGCCAAGCCGAGCGGCGCGGUCACGAUUGUCAGUCUCGGUGUUAAUAGCCCCACGGAGGAGCUGGGCAAGAAGAGCGCCAGCAACUGUUCGGGGGCCAGCGUCAGUCGUGUUUCCCCGGCUCCUAUGGGUAGAUCCAGGAAAGGCUCAGCCGUAGUCAUACCCGCCACACGCACAGGGGUCGCCUCCCCGAUGAACACCCCAUUCGGCUCGACCCCAGCACAGGUGUUGCUCACUAAGUCCGGACCGCUCAAGGUAAGCACAAAGUCCGUCUGCGAGCCCAUGUUGACUUUAGGCCCGAAACCCGGCAACACAAACAUGACGAAUCUCAUGGAUGACGUCAAGCGUCGCCUGAGCCCCGACCCCGGCAUGGUCCCGGACUACCAGCGGCCCCGCAACUCCAGGACCGUCGCACCUGUCCCCGGAUCUAUAGCUGGCCAAGCAGCAGCUGCCGCUGCCCCACACGACAGUAAGAUGAGGAAGUCGACAGGUAGCGUAUCCGCCAGCCAGGAGCAGCCCCCGCCGCCCGGCUUGGCUCUCAAAGGCCUCGUGCAGCCCAAGCCGGCCACCGGUUCCCCCCUUUCAGGUGGGCCCGGCCUUUCCCUGAAACGGAGCCUUCCGUUGGCCAACGCCCAAAAAAGCAUGGCUGUUGUGGUAGCCGAUCCGCAAGAGCAGGAAAUGCGUCGAACCCAAGGUUCAGAAGAGUAUAUGGAGACCGCUGGUACCAUCGCAGCCGAUGACUUCUCGGGCUUGCUGAAGGAAGAUUUUGACGAAAUUUUGGGCAUGUAAGGGAAUCCGAGAGUCCGCAUAAACCUUGACGCAUGCUUGAGAUAAUACAUUUGAAUACUAUACAUUUAUAAUCCCAAAAGAACACUGAAAGUUUGCAUGACAAAAUUUUUAAUUUUCUAUUCGUAUAACGGAUUCCAAUACUUGACAUUCGGAUAACCAUUAAAUAAAUCACACGAAUGAGCUAUGAAAUUAUAUACGUAGAUACAUGGCUGUCUAUUUUGACACUCGAGUAUGUACAAUACAGUAUAAAUGACGUGUGUAUUAACUAUCAACUGACAAUUUUUGGUUAAAUCAAAUUCUAAAUUCUUUUCAAUCCUUGAUUUUUUGCAUUCAUUUAAAUAAAAGUUGUGAACAUUGUACACAUUG